AUGGAUCAUCAUCAUUGUCAUUGUCACGAUGAGUACCGCAGUCUAGGGGCGUCCAACGAAGACACCCCUCAAGCCGUGGCGGGCGCGACUUCUGAGAGGGCUACAUCUUCCAUGGAUUCUGGAGACGUCCCGGUGCCGUCCCGGCUUGGAAAGAGCGUGAUCACCAAUCCCGUCGAGCAGAGGUCCUGCUUUACUGACCAAAAGAUGGUGAAGAUAUCCUUCCUGUGGACAAUCACAAAUUUCAGCCUCUGCCGCCAGUCCACGGCGCAAGCACUGCUCAGUUCAACAUUUUCAGCGGGUGAGUACAAGCCCACCACGUGGCGCCUCCGGCUCUAUCCGAGGGGUGUCAGUGAAAGCUGCGAAGAUUACGUGGCCCUGUAUCUCGUGUCCUACAACACCAGGUGUGUCUCCGCCAAGGCAAGGUUCUCCAUUGUCGACGUUAGAAAGGAUGAGACCAACACCCGGCAGACUAGAACGCGAACCUUUUCGCGCCGCGGCGACAACUGGGGAUUUGCAAAAUUCGUCGGCAGGAUGUCUCUGAAGCAGAAUGCAGGGAACCUUCUGCCCAAUGACACACUAACGGUUAAGUGCGAAAUAACUGCCUUGGAGAGUUCUACCUGCACGCCUGGUACGAGCAGCGCGAUUGCUUCGACCACGCCUCUCGAGUGCCGUUUGUCUCAGGAUCUCGAAUGGCUCUUAGAAAGCAAAAAUUAUGCGGACGUGACAUUUAAGGUGGGCGACGAAACAUUCCAGGCCCAUAGAGGCAUCCUGGCGGCGCGGUCACUGGCUUUUCGACUUAUGCUCGAGCAUCCAUUAGAGGAAGCUGCACCCCGAGAGGUAAUCGUGAAGGACGUCGAGCCGGAAGUUUUCGCCGUUAUCCUGAGUUUCCUCUACACCGGGCGCGUGCCAGACCCUCUUGUGAAACCCAAGGCUCUCCUGAAAGCGGCCAGCUUGUACGACAUAAACGUUCUAAAGGAAGCGUGCCAGCUGGCUUUAAUCUUCCUCCUAUCCGCAGAGUCGGCGGCGGACACGCUUAUUUUAGCUGAACAGUGCAACGCCGUCACGCUGCGCAGCUCCGCCCUCGACUUCAUCCGCUCGAACAUCAACGCUGUAGUGGAGACUCCCGGAUGGGAUACCCUCUGCAAGAGUCACGCCGAACUGCUUGAAGAAAUUUCGCCAUCGCUGACCAACAAAACCCAGCCUCCCGCGAAGCGCUCCAGGAGCUUGUAA